AUGAAGCCAGCCCGGAUCCUGGCAAUCCUCUCCGUCGGCAUGCUCUUCUGCGCCAUGUGUGCGAUGGCUCAGCUUCCUACGUCGCUGAAUCUGACCCGCUGGGCUCAGCCGCUGCCCAAGCCGCACGUCUUCGAGCCCGUGAAGCAGACCUGCGACGGCGACCACUACGACAUCACCAUGGGCGUGGUCAAGCACCAGUUCCACCCGAGCCUGCCCGUCGUCGACAUCUAUGGCUACGGUGGGACCUACCCGGGUGGCACGUUCGAGGCCGUCGUGAAUCGUCCCGUCCACGUCACCUGGCGCAACUCGCUCCCCGAGAAGCACAUCCUGCCCACCGAGCCUCUCGAGAUGGAAGGAAUGCAUAUGGAGAACCCGCCCGAUUCGGCGGGAGUGGUGCAUCUGCACGGCGCUCUGAUCGACCCCAAGGACGACGGCUUUUCGAUGGACUGGAUCACCCGCGGCCAGAAGAUCCAGUACCACUACACCAACGAGCAGCUGCCGCUCACCAUGUGGUACCACGACCACGUCAUGACUCGGACGCGCGUCAACGUCUACGCCGGCCUUGCUGGCUUCUAUCUGCUGAGGGACGAAGACGAACAUGAGCUGGGGCUGCCCAAGGGCCGCUACGAGAUGCCGCUCAUCAUCCAGGAUAAGAUCCUGCCGUCGACCGACGGCAUGCCGUUCUACCCGUUCGAGUGGGGCGCGUUCGACGGCGACGUGCCGGUGGUGAACGGCAAGGCCUACCCCUACUUCGAGGUCAAGGCGCGCGCCUAUCGGUUCCGUUUCCUCAACGGCUGCAACUCGCGCUUCCUCCGCCUCACCCUCCCCGACGGCCCCACCUUCUGGCAGAUCGGUAGCGAUGGCGGUUUCUUCAACGAGCCCGUGCGGGUGAAGCAGCUCACGAUGGGACCGGCCGAGCGGGCCGAUGUGAUCAUCGACUUCUACGGCUACGAGGGCGAGACCAUCACCCUUCGCAAUUCGGCCCCCGUGCCCUUCAACGGCUUGCCCGGCGGCGACGCUGUCGAGGGCUUCCGUGAGGUCAUGCAGUUCAGAGUGCGCCAGGACAAGGGGGCGAAGAGGCCCUACUGCAUCCCGUCGCUGCGCGGCGUGGCCCACCUGCCGCCGCUGCCCAAGCUCGACGACCUGCCCGACGGGCUGGUGGAGAAGGUCAGGGAUCUGCCCAUGGAGCUGGUCCGCACCCCCAACAGCACCACGGCGGCGGUUAUGUUCCUCCUGAACGGGCUGCAGUUCCACGACGAGCCGACGGAGACGCCUCUGGUGGACUCGACCGAGGUGUGGAACCUGAUCAACCUCACACCGCUCACGCAUCCCAUCCACCUCCACCUGGUCCAGUUCCGCGUGCUUCAGCGCCGCGCCUUCAACAUCACCUCCUUCGUCAAGGGCGAGGAGCCUCAGUACCUCGGCGAGCCCAGACUGCCGGAUCUCAACGAGCAAGGGUGGAAGGAUACGGUGAGAUCUAACCCUGGCGACGUAACCACCAUCCUCGUCAACUUCCCUAAAUAUGUGGGGUGGUUCGUGUGGCACUGCCACAUGCUGGAACACGAGGACCACGACAUGAUGCGCCCGCUCGUGGUGCUGCCCAGGGACGGCUCCCCGCCUCCUCCGCCCCCCGGCGGACACAACGGCCACUACACUGACGGCCACACCCAUGAGGACGAGGAAGAGGACGACCAUGGAGAAGACGACGGCCAUGAUGACGAUGAUGGUGAUCAUGAAGAAGAGGAAGAAGAGGGUCAUGCCCACUAG